AUGAGCGCCCCUUCCUUCACUCUGCCGGUGACGGUCACCCUAGAACGGCCGUUAGACAGCCAGGUUAAACGCGGCGUGGACAACUUCAUGAAAAGAUGGUCCCGUGUUGUGUCAUCCACUACUUUAAGUAGUCAUCAGACAUGGAACCAAGACGCUGUCCCUAGUACUGAAUUUGAACUACAGCCACGGGAUGACGAUGAAUUUGACACUGCAGAAGAAUUCUUCUGCUUUCUGAGAUUGAAAUGGUGCAAAGUACCUAUAUUCGGACUUGGAUGGCUUACUCCUGACGAGGAAGCACAUGCUUUUUCCAAAUCCGAGAGAAAUACCCCAGCUCACUCUGAUAUCGAACUGGAAACAUUUGCCCUUGGUGCUUUUAAGGAAAGAAGCACAUUUGUCAACCACUAUGACGCGUCAGCCUAUGGCUCCCAGUCUGAGGACGACUCAAUUAGGACUAAACUUGAGAGACAAGUGACAUUUGAACAUGACCGUAGGCAACUCGCUGUUCACUUCAAACCAUCCGAGGACGAAGGUGUUCACAAGUUCGAAGUGGAUUAUGACAACCUGGAGAGUUACAUCCUUGUCAACGACAGCCAUGUACAAACAAAACUGUACUUCUUCCUCAAACAUCCUCUGAAGGUAUUCAGAGCUGUUAAUGCCAGGGGCUGUCUUGUUGACGAGAUUGAAUCUGUCAAUACGCAGACAGUCUGGAAGCGUACUACAUCAUUCGGAGGAUGCACAACUAACAAUCUUGGCUAUUCGUCCUGUCUCCAGUUGGUUAUUGAUAAUGACGGGGCCGUGACCAGCACCCCCCAUGCUGUACUCUCCCGACUGUGUCAGAGUUGUGGCUUCACAGCAAACUUUGUGUCAGUGCGACAUGAUGAACCUUCACUAGUACCCCUGAUACCACCAAAAAAGUCGCCGGCGCACUUCGACUGUGUUUACGCACUGCGCGUAUUUCUCUCGCGUGGGUACACUGUGAUGGACCAGAUCGACCGGCAUUUCUUCCAAAAGCUUCGAGAUGAGGAAGAUAAGAAAUUUGGGCCGGAUUUUGUCUGCGAAAUACUUCGACGGCUAACACUUACAGUGGAAAAUAACAGAUUUGCGGACAUCGAUAGUGCACUACGCCAGCUACGGGCCAUGAAAGACACCAUUAUGGGGACAGAGCAGACCCAGUUCCCGGCUGCACAUCGCAAGGUGCGCCGUGUCUUCGUCACACCGACCCGUCUGAUGUUCAUGCACCCUGAAAUAGUACGGGAUAACAGAAUCUUACGGAAGUACGGCGAGGACAACUUCAUGAGGGUGUCCAUUCGUGACGAAGACUUUGGCAAACUACAAGCGUUCGGUCGGCUGGUCCCAGGCGAGGACGAGACAUUUACACAUGUCAAGCGUGUCCUGCAGGAAGGGCUGAGAGUCUGGGACAGGAACUACGAAUUCCUAGCUGCUUCUAACAGCCAACUCAGGGAGCACAACGUCUGGUUCUUUGCUUCCGAUGGGGAGAACACAGCCGACUCCAUCAGAAGGGAAAUGGGGGACUUCUCCGGCAUCAAAUGUCCUGCUCUCGUGCUUGCACGCAUGGGCCAGUGCUUCUCCAACACGGAACCAAGUGUGAUCGCCAAGACCUCUACCAGAGAGGUGGUUAAAAUACCUGACAUUAAAUCAAAGGAGUGCUGCUUCUCUGAUGGUAUUGGCAAGAUAUCGCAGUCAUUGGCACAAAAGGGAGAUGUAAUGCAAGUUCGGCCUAGCAUGAUGAAGUUCAAGUCCUCGGACCAGAAUAUUGAGAUUUGCAUGACCAGCCGUCCAGCUCCACUGUACCUGAACAGACAGGUGAUCACUAUCCUGUCAGCGUUAGGCGUUCCUGACCUGAACUUUCAGAAGCUCCAAGAGACGACGCUCCAGAAUCUCUCCGACAUGCUCGUGAGAGAGGACGUGGCCUUCAAAUCUCUUAAGAAAACAGCGCAGUCACUUGGGCUGCCUUUGGGCAGACUGUCACGCUGCGGACUCCAUGUCACCACAGAGCCGUUCUUCAGGGCCAUGCUACAGAAAAUGUUCACCUGUUCCCUUGGAGAACUUCGACGAAGAGCGAGAAUAGAGAUCCCACCCGAGUACGGCCGGAACAUGUUGGGUGUCCUGGACGAAACAGGCACCCUUAAGUACGGAGAAGUCUUCGUCCAGUACAGGGAGGAUAUCACGGAUAAGAGUAGCAGGACCAGAGUUCUCACAGAUAACGUAGUCGUGACACGGAACCCGUGCUUUCAUCCGGGUGACGUCCGGAAACUCACGGCAGUCGACGUUCCCGGUCUGUACCACAUGGUGGACGUCAUCGUCUUCCCCUCCAAAGGACCGCGACCGCAUCCAAACGAGAUGUCGGGAGGAGAUCUGGACGGAGAUGAGUACUUCGUCACCUGGUAUCCUGACCUGAUAUUCCCGGGGCCGAACGAGACGCCCAUGGACUUCACAGCACAGGAGAGGAAGUGGCUACCACGCGUCGAAACCCAAGACAUCAAAGACUUCAUCGUCGAGUACAUUAAAAAUGACAUACUUGGCCAGAUCGCAAACGCACAUCUCGCUUCGGCACACACCUUGGCAGGAGGCAUAUUUUCCAGUAGAUGUCUUGGCUUAGCUAAAAAACAUUCUGACGCUGUCGAUUUUCCAAAGACAGGCGUAUGUCCCUCUCUGGAAAAAGACGAAAGACCUUUCGAGUAUCCAGAUUUUAUGGGGAAGAAGAAGGGCAAGACAACAAGAAGGUCAGAGUCAGUCCAGGGUAAGAUGUUCCGGGAGUGUCAGAGGAUUGAACGGGUUUGCAGUCACCUGCAUGAAGACAAGGACAUUGGCAGUCAGACAAUCAAACUUGACAAGGUUUUCUUCCAUCAAAACUGGAAAAGGUAUGCUGUGUCUUCUCGCGAGGCCAGAGAUCAGUACAACGAAAAGCUGCAGGAUCUGAUGAAGCAGUACGGAAUCGCAACAGAGGCCGAGGCUGUAUCAGGCUGUAUCGUCAGCAUGCGUCCCCACAUGGAGGACCGGUACGAGAGGUUUGAGGCGGAAAGAAUCGCAAAGGAUCGUAUCGCCCACCUUCGAAAACAGACCAGACAGGAAUUCUUUCAUGACUUCGGGGGUGAGGAAAGCGUGGACUUAGACCGCUGUCCCGAGAAGGUCAUGGCAAAGGCGUCUGCCUGGUACUACGCCUCCUACAGAGUGGGUAAUCCUGGUCUUCUCAGCUUCCCUUGGGUGGUGGCAGACGUUCUGGCUGAGCUGAAGAAAAGGACAACAUCUUCCUUGAUUCGACAGCCAGUCUUGGACAGAAUUACAGAGGAUUUAGAUGAAGUGUACGGGACGCAGUUCUACACUACCUUUAUGAAUCUGAUGGAUCCAAAAGAUGACGGACACAGUCGCGGAGAUCAUGUCCUAAUGUACAUGAGGAGGUACGCUACUGUUAUACACCUCGUUUCCUUUCUCUUGCAAUGGAGAAAGGAACAUUGUUCUCAGCUUAACCGGACAGACUUACUUUUCCUCUUCACGACUUAUGCUGUCAACCAAGGAUUCUUUGAAGAUUUGGGCAUGACAACGCAAAAUGAGACCGUAGAACUGCAAAUCUUCCUUCGGCGAACAAAGGAAGAUGAUUUCUACAACUCGCUCUCCAUACUAGGAGGAAAAGCUACAGGAGAACUCUGCAUCAGUUUCCUGAAAUAUUUGAGUUCUUACGAAUUCAUGGAAACCCCCUCGGUUUCUAUUCGCGGCAGGUUGUUGUCACUACCCGCAAGCGCCAGAGAGAACCUGCAUGCCAAGGCGCUGGUGGCGUACCACCUGUUGGCGCAGACAGGAGAUAUUCGGCGGCUCACAAGCACGACGGACACCACUAAGGAAAUACUCUGGGAGUGGGGUAUGGAAAUACCGCCAAACCUGUGGGACCAACAUUUCUACGGACGCAAGGAAAUGCGAGAACGGGAGCUGUUGGGGGACACUGGUGUGCAGGAGGUACAUGUCCGGCCACUGCGCCGCGUCAGAGGACCGUACCGGGGACACUUGUCAGCGGUUGGUACUGAGGAAAGCAUCAACGAGCUGCAGCUAGUUAUGGACAAUUUGAUUGAUAGGUUUAAGAAUACGAAGAAGAAUAAGAAGAAUAAGAAGAAGAAUGUUACAUUACGGAAGACCUAGGUCACGAUGUCGUUAAGGUCAUCCCGGUGUCACAGUGAUCUCGUCCCCCCCCCUCAGCGAUUUUGCCCUCCCGGGGAUGCAUCGCUAGCGAUUUCGCCCCCCCGCCAGAAGAUCG